AUGGGGCUCUUCCAACGCAAAGGGUCAGAGAAUCACGAAUCUUCAGAAGACAAGAAGGAAAAGGGUGGAUGGAGGAGGCCUGCAAACACUGCGUUCAAGCAACAGCGACUGAAAGCCUGGCAACCAAUUCUUAUGCCCAAGACCGUACUUCCUACCUUCUUUAUCCUUGCAAUAAUCUUUGGCCUAAUAGGUGGACUUCUAAUCUGGGGCUCUUCUCUCGUUUCCGAAAUGACAUUUGAUUAUACCGACUGCGACACGUUAACUCCUUCGUCAUCUAAUUCUUCGCUUCAAUACUUUAACAUUCCAUCCUCCAAAUAUUCCUAUCAUCUUUCUUCGUCGGCUUCGAAGAACGCCCAAAUCACUUCGCCUGUGUAUGCCUUCCUCAACAACAGCGCCAACAGCGGCGAUUUCGAUGUGUUCAAUCAGCAGCAGUGUGUCAUCCAGUUUGACGUACCUGCAGAUCUGUCGUCCAGCGUUUUCAUGUACUACAAGCUCACCAACUUCUUCCAAAACCACCGGAGAUAUGUCAAAAGCUUGGACUCUGAUCAGUUACGUGGAAAAGGCGGGUCUGCGUCUGAUUUGAAUAACGGUGAUUGUAAGCCGUUGGGAUCUAUGAACGGCAAGCCCAUCUAUCCAUGCGGGUUGAUCGCCAACUCUCUCUUCAAUGACACAUAUACAAACCCAAUCCUCCUAAACCCAUCGAACUUUGACGAGGCCACAAAUGUUACCUACAGUUUCUCAUCUGAGAAUAUCGCUUGGCCAGGAGAGUCGAAGAAAUACGUUUCUACUCCCGUUGGGAACGGAUACGACUCUGUCGAUGAUGUUGUACCGCCGCCGAAUUGGGCGAAACGUUUUCCGAAUGGAUAUACAAUUGACAACAUUCCCAAUCUUGCUGCCGACGAGCACUUCCAAAACUGGAUGCGGACUGCUGGCCUUCCGACGUUUUCGAAACUAUAUGGUAGGAAUGAUCAGGAUACGAUGGAGAAGGGUAGAUAUUUGAUCACCGUUGGACUGAAUUUUCCGGUCAGACCAUACAAGGGUACGAAAUCGAUUGUGAUAUCCACUGUCUCGUGGAUUGGCGGUAAAAAUCCAUUUCUUGGAUGGGCGUACGUAGCUGCUGCGGCUCUUUUCAUGCUGGUGGCAGUUGCUGGGACUGCAAGACAUCUGAUCAAACCAAGACGUUUGGGAGACAUGUCUUUACUUUCAUGGAAUCGAUAG